AGGAGAGCCUGAACAUGUGUUUCUGUCUGUCAUCCUGCAUGAUCCACUGAUGGACACACAGAAGCUCACUUGUUUUCUCUUUCACUGCUUUAUACCCUGUCCUUUCCGGACAGAAAAUUUGUUCUUUUGAGGAUUUUCAUCGAGUUUUUGGCUCACCUGUGUGGUGAAACACGAUUUUAUCCCUCUUUCCCUUCAUCUUCAGGAUUUUUUUUUCUUCUAUCUGGAUUUUUUUCAGCCUGGUUUCCUGCUCUCCUGUGUGCAUACACGGUUUUCCUUUUCCCCCUGCUGUCCUCUCUCCUUCUCCCCUCCUAUCUUCCUUCGUUCCCUGUUUUUCUUGCGUGUGGUUUGUUUUGGGGUCAUGCUCUCCUCACCCACUGUGAUCCUCCAGCCUUAUGGACUUUCUGUCUACCCACAGACAACCACAUGCUACCCCAGCAUAGUUCAGGGGGGCCCCGCCCAGGAGGCCGGCCCCAGCAGCGGGGACCCCACCCUUCCUCAGGUUUACGCCCCACCCCCAUCGUACCCACCACCUGGUCAAGGUCCGGCAACACCCGUGGGCAGACUGACCGCGCUGGAUUUCAGCUCCGCUCACCACAGCUCCGAGUACCCAGACCACCCUCAGCUCCGAGUCUAUCAGGGGCCCCAGCACGAAGGGCCCGACCCGCUGGCCCCCAGCAACACGGAGGAUGCUUUGGCUCCUGUUACCUCUGACCCCCAGUCGCUCAGCGUGCCGGGGUCAUCGGGCGGUGGAGCAGGAAGUGGAGGUGAGGAGGAGAGCCCAGGGAAGGCCCAACCAAAACGCCUCCAUGUCUCCAACAUCCCUUUCCGCUUCAGAGACCCGGACCUCCGGCAGAUGUUCGGGCAAUUUGGCAAGAUCCUUGACGUAGAAAUUAUCUUCAAUGAACGGGGGUCAAAGGGCUUUGGAUUCGUCACGUUUGAGAGCGCUACUGAGGCGGACCGAGCAAGAGAAAAGCUGAACGGGACAAUUGUGGAAGGGAGGAAGAUUGAGGUUAAUAACGCCACUGCCAGAGUAGUUACAAAAAAGCCUCAGACGCCGCUUGUAAAUGGGGAACUUUCAACUUCAGGAUGGAAGAUCAACCCUGUAAUGGGGGCCAUGUAUGCACCUGAACUUUAUACAGUUGCCAGUUUUCCUUAUCCAGUAGCGACUCCCACUUUGGCCUAUCGGGGUUCUGCGCUGAGGGGUCGGGGACGGGCCGUCUACAACACGAUUCGCUCUGCAGCGGCCACUCCUGCUACUGCUGUGCCCGCCUAUCCUGGGGUUGUCUAUCAGGAUGGAUUGUACGGAGCAGAAGUCUAUGGCGGUUAUCCUGCAGCUUACCGAGUGGCUCAGUCAGCAUCUGCUGCCACAGCAGCCUACAGUGACGGCAGAUACGGACGAGUUUACGCCACAGCCGCGGACCCCUAUCACCAUUCAGUUGGACCAACGGCCACGUAUGGAGUUGGGACUAUGGCUAGUUUGUACAGAGGAGGGUACAACCGCUUCACCCCGUACUGAGUGAACAGAGGAAUCAGAACAGAGGAACUCUGGGACAGACAGGACGAGUUCUGAGAUCUUAAAGCUUUAGAAAAUAUGGAGUCUCCGUCUCUUGGCCUUCAGAGAGAAACCAGACUGUUGUUUUAAACGCUGUAUUUUUCUGCUGUAAUUUAUUUUUUUUAUUAUUAUGUUUUUGUGAAUUUAAAGAAUAUUAAGAAUCUGAGAUGUUAGCUGGUGUUAAACACUGUGAGGGGUCAAAGUGUACAAAACAUUUUGUUCCAUAAUUAAAUUUUUUUAGUGUGUGUGUGUGUGUGUGGGUGGGUGUGUGUAAGAGAGACUCGAAACAAUAUCACCUCUGAGCUGCUGUUUCUCUGGAUUUUAUUGGUUUUUUCUGUUUUCAUUCUAACAAUCUACCUCUCAAACUCCUGUAGCUUUUCAUUUAGAUUGGUUGUAGUUUUCUUCUUCAUCCUUCUUUCUGUCUGUACACAUAUUCUGUUUUCUUUAUCUGAUGUUUUAUAUUCAAGCUCUUCUGUUGUAGGAUACCUUUCUUCUCUUUACUCCUGUUAUAUUUUCUGCUUAUUUCCUUUUGAAAUAUUGAACAGUUUUCUGUACUGAUGACUUCAUUUUCUGUUCCUGUUGCAAUUUUUUUGCUUUAUUUCUUGUUUCCUUCUCUAAAUAAAAGCUUUUUCCUCUUUUAA